AUGGAUGAAGAACCUUCUGAGCCGCUUCAAUCCACGUCUAGUGCUCGAGUUCUUCAACCAUUCGAAGAUCUCUCGCCAAUUGCCGAACAUUGCCCAAAUGUGCCAAGAUUUACACUAAGUGAUUCCGAUGAAAACCCUUCCGAAAUUGUGAUAGCACAGCGGAGAGCGAAAUUUGCUCGAAGUCGAUCAUCAGCUACGGGAGCGUCACCAAUCAGUGCUACUUCUGUAUUUUCGAAGUCUGAGGAUUUCACGGAAAUCCAACCACCGCUUCGUCGUCAAACCUUUUCCGGUCGCAUGGAUCUUGCACGCAGGUGGUUCUGUCUUGUGCGUAAUGCUUUGUUUGAUUUGAUAUUUUGUGGCAAGCAGCAUGUCUUCUGCCAUCCUUCCUUUGCCUGGAUUUUGUAA